AUGGAGUUCGUGCCUCGAGCAUUGAUGUAUGCUUUUCCAGAGGUGCAGUCAUGCGCCAACCCAGGCGGAAAUAAACUUGGCAUCCUCUGCAAUGCUGGGCUGAUAUCGCACCUGAAGGAGGCUUGGAAAGGCAAAAUUCUUCACCUUGAGGACAUGCAAAACCAAAUAGCGGCAUCUCUCUUCAGCAAUCCAUAUGCCACGUCGAAAACAUUAAAAGAUGCGUUGAAGAGCGAGCGAAUCGUCUAA